AUGGCUUCGCCCAUUUUGGACAGGAAGCUUCCGGUGGAAAGCUACACGGAUUUCCAGCACCCCCAAUCUACCAAGCAAUCGACCUCCAUGGGCUGCUGUUCGCCUGCGGCCUUUUCCCCUUUGCCGUCUAGCUUUGAGAAGGGGCAACAGCAUCACCAACCUGAUACAUGCUCGUUUACUCCGGCGGUUUGCGCUCUCCCACAGCAGCAACGACAUCAAGAACUUCAAUGCUCACAAGGGGGCCAGGUGCUAUCGCCACCAGCUUGCUGCAUUGAAUCUUGUGCAUAUAUGAGCCCGUACUCGCCGUAUCAGCCAAGAAGCCACAGCAUCUGGCCAUCGCCCCCUCUGAGACCGGGAGAUAUCCAAUAUUGUAUGCCUUUCCAAGAUUUGCCCGCUUGUGGAAGAGCAUCUCUACCUUGUCACAACACCUCGCCCGCUUCUCCUGGCGAGUGGUCAUCAUCAGUAUCUGGCUAUCCUCCGACGUCAGGCUAUAUCCAUUCGCAGCAUCCUGGAGAUCAGCCCUUUGAUAGGGUCUGCACUCCAAUGUCGGCACAAGAGCUCCCUCUUCAGCACCCAGACAUACACACUCCCUACACGGCGAGCUUUCAUCCCGAAUCAGACGUUGACAUGCCGACUGCCUACAACCUUUCUGUGUCUUCUCACGCGAUGCCAGAACUAUCUGCUGUUCCUGCCUCUUCGAGUGCUGGAUCGCCAGACGGCUUGCAAGCAGAAACUCCUGCUUCCUUCAUUUCGCCCAAGGUCGAGCACAUUGACGGCCAGGAUGCGGAAUUCAUGGAGUCGAUCCUUGCCGCUCCCCGAGCUGACGAGCCCAUGACAAUGAGCAGUGCCCGGCCUGACGACAAGGCCGAUGAGCCCUACGCCAAGCUCAUCUACAAGGCCCUGAUGGGCCAACCGGAUUAUACCAUGACCCUGCAAGAGCUCUACCAAUGGUUCCGAGACCACACUAGCAAGGCCAAGAACGAAAGGGGCGGAUGGCAGAACAGCAUCCGUCAUAACCUUAGCAUGAAUGCCGCAUUCAAAAGACGCGAUCGCAAGCGCGUUGAGGAUACCGCCCCUUUGGCGUGCGCAGAAGGCGAGGCCUUAUUGGCAGGCGAGGCAAAGCGAGCGAACGAAUGGAUCCUGGAAGACUGGGCCGUCCGCGAUGGGGUGCAGAGCACGACCAGAUACCGCAAAGGGAACUCUGGGCGCCGCGCGAGCAGACGCAGCUCAAGCCAUCUAGACAUGGGAAUGGAGCGGCGGCUCAACCAACGCAACAGCACCGUCAGGGCCUUGUCUGGCCAGAAGGGCGGAUGCGCGGCUAGAAACUCGCGUAUUCGGGGCCAUCUGUACGGCCACGAGCUGCCGCUGGCCAGUGGCCGCCAGUAUCGGCUCGUUGACAGCGGCCUGGGCUCGCCCCCAGCUCCCAUGGCCGAUCCCUUCUAUUCCAUGCCCAUUGCAAUCCCACGGAUCGACCCGGCGGCCAUCCAGACCCCCAUGGUGCAAGGGCACAGCAAUAGCGCGGAUUUUGGCACCGCAGCCACCGCCGCCACAGAGCUCUUUGGGCUGCAGAUGGCAGGACCGCGGAUGGACCAACAGGUGGCUGGCGGAGGCAAUGGUCACGGCGGCAUUCAUGUGGUUUCAUACAUGGGCCAACAGGAGCAGAUGUACCUGGAGCCGUCGCCCGCAGAGUUUCCAUAUGGCAUUGCAGAUGUCCAACUAGACUACGCCGGUGACCACGCCAAUAUCAACGUUCCUGAGCAGAUCCGGCGCCAUAACACCAUCAUCGGCACUCCGAGGAUCGGCUGGACCAGCCCUAACGGCGUCUAG